CACUGCGUGGGGACCCUGCUGCCACGCUCUGCCACCCGGUCUGUGGCACAAUUUGGGAAAGGUCCCAUCCGGGACGCCCCAGCCCUGGCUGGGCGGUGGCUGCAGGUUGCUGUAGGUUGAAGAUACCGAUGAGGUGUUGCAAAACUAUUACUAAGGUAAAACCAUUUAAAAAGUAGGUUAGAAUUGCGUAAUUUGUGAUUCUUAGCAACGACUGCUGGCUGACCCAUACCUGGGGGGACGGUGUAAGCCCAGUGUUGAUCCCCGGCCGCCCUGGUCUUGCGUGGGGUUUGCUGCUGGGCUCGCAGUGCCCAGAGCCACCCGUGCUGGGGUCGGAGCAUCACCUGGCAGGGGCUCACCGAGAAUUCCGGCUCCGUUGAUCUCACUGCAGGAUUUGACCCGCCUUUAUUGUUCAACCUGAGCGUGUGUGUGCAUGUACGCAGGCAAGAAGCUCUACAGGAGCUGUUUGCCAGACUCACCCAGUGACUGGGAACAGCACAAACUACCCUUCCCCUCCCCACACACACGCAGUGCUGCAGAGGGAGCCUGGGCACGCCGGAGGGCUGAGGACAACACAGCUGGGAAAGAGAAUCCCGACUCCACAAGCUGCCCGGAUCUGGCCCUUCCUGGCUGGGCAGCCCCAGGACGCCUCGCCGUGCCGUGCAGCCAUCCCCGGACGAGGGGACCCUGAUCUCCCGUGUGCCAUCGUGUCCCCGGCCAUGCCCCACCGUGGGCACUUCCCGCCCCACAGCCCCCAGUGAGUGGGGAAGGAGCCUGAGCCUCCUCCAGGUCGGGUGACUCUGGUCUCCGCCGGCCGCCAUGGAUUGGAAAACGCUGCAGGCGCUGCUCAGCGGGGUCAACAAGUACUCCACAGCCUUCGGCCGCAUCUGGCUCUCCGUGGUCUUCGUCUUCCGUGUGCUGGUCUACGUGGUGGCGGCCGAGCGCGUGUGGGGAGAUGAGCAGAAGGACUUUGACUGCAACACGCGGCAGCCGGGCUGCACCAACGUCUGCUACGACCACUUCUUCCCCAUCUCCCACAUCCGCCUCUGGGCCCUGCAGCUCAUCUUUGUCACUUGCCCUUCCCUCCUGGUCAUCAUGCACGUGGCCUACCGGGAGGACCGCGAGAAGAAGAACCGGCAGAAGAAUGGGGAGAAUUGCCCCAAGCUCUACAGCGACACGGGCAAGAAGCAUGGCGGGCUGUGGUGGACCUACCUGCUCAGCCUCUUCUUCAAGCUUAUCAUUGAGAUCCUGUUCCUCUUCCUCCUCCACAAGAUGUGGGACAGCUUUGACUUGCCACGGCUGGUCAAGUGCUCCAACGUGGAGCCCUGCCCCAACACCGUAGACUGCUACAUCGCCCGGCCAACCGAGAAGAGAGUCUUCACCUAUUUCAUGGUCGGAGCCUCCUCCAUCUGCAUCGUCCUCACCGUCUGCGAGAUCUUCUACCUCAUUUUCAAGCGGGUUGUCCGGAGUGCACGGAGGUGGAAGAAGUCCAUCAAGCGCUCUGUCAGCUACAGCAAGGCCUCCACCUGCCGCUGCCACCUCAAGACGGAGGAGAAGGACAGCAAGUCCCAGACCAGAGCAGAGGAGCUGUGAGCUCGCCCAUCCCCGCCGGCUCGCCUUCCCCUUGGCCCAGCAGCUUUCCAAGCGUGCCAAGUCCCCAAACCCUCAAGAGUGGACGCGCGUGAAAAAUGACUAAACCCAACAAACUCAUGUCCCCCGAGAGAGGCCCGUGGGGGCCUGAGCAGACGCAGGUAAGGCGAGGGCAGCCCUGGAGCUCUGCUGGCUGCAGCGGUGCCGCGGGGCUCGGACAUCCCACCGACGCACAGACACCGUGCACGACUCUGCCCAGCCUGGCCGUGAGCUCAGCCAAGGGCGGCAGGGAUGGAGCCGUCAAGCUGGGAAGGCACGAGGGCCUGGGGCUGGCGGGAGGGAGCAGGGGGGCUCCCGUGUCCCAGCAGCUUCUCUUGGGUCCUCCAGCUCUGCAGCUCCCAUGCUGGGUACGAAGGCAUCGGUUGGUGCCUGGUCAGGGCUGGUGUCACCCAGCACAGUGACAAUCCUCCCGGCUCACUGGGCCUCGCACAUGCACAGUCCCAAGCUCUGUUUCAUCCUCCUUUCCUUUGUACCAAGAAUCCAAAGAGAUGCCGGGCUCAGCGCCAUGGCCAGAGCCUUCUUCACGCACCCAAAGUAAUGACGGAGGAGCCGAGCUGUCGCCAAGUGCUCAGUUGGCCCAGUUUGCCCAGUUCACCAGUGCUGGGGCAGGAGCAGCUUUUCUCACUUCGCUCACGCAAGCGCUGUGCCGGUGUCCUGCCCAAACGCCCUUGCUGGCUCUGCUGCUUCCCCCCUCACCUUGGCCGGACACAUCCUGCAAGACAAAAGCUGCGGAUCCAAAAGGUCAAUAAACGUCGUGUGGUGUAUAGACGCUGGGAUCUGCACACUGCAAAUCAGGGGGACCGGUGAGGGCAGAAGAAAUGGAUUUGCAGAGGUUCCCCAGGAGCCCGUGGCCAAGUCCCCCUCACUCCCACCCACGCCGGGGCAGCACGAGUUGAGCCCCAGGGCUGGCGUGCCCAGCACCUGCCCCCUCCACCUCCUCCCCGCUUGUCAUACGUCAUUACACCUUAAUUCACCAGAACCGCACGCUGGCCCCCAAGGAAAUCAAGGAGGGAUCAGCAUCAAUUAUUUACUAAACCUUGAUAAAUAUUACAAUAAAUAGGAAUGAUUUCCA